AUGUGCGGUAUCUGGGCUAUGUUCGGCAGCGACGAGUGCUUGUCGUCCCAGUGCGCCAACGCCGUGAAGAUCGCUCACCGGGGCCCGGACGCCUUCCGCUUCGAGAAUAUCCACGGCUUGGCCAACUGCUGCUUGGGCUUCCACCGUCUGGCUAUUCUGGAUCAGUUGCACGGCAUGCAGCCUUUGCGUGUCAAGAAAUUCCCUUUUUUAUGGCUGUGCUACAACGGAGAGAUUUACAACCACCUCACACUAAAGAAGCAGUUUGGCUUCGACUGCCAAACCGAAGUGGACGGUGAGAUUUUGCUCCACUUGUACGAUCGCUUCGGCGUGGAAAAGGCGGCGGCUCUGCUGGACGGCACUUUCGCUUUUGUUCUUUUGGACACCCGCGAAAGCAAAGUCUGCCUCGGAAGGGACACGUACGGCGUCCGCCCUUUGUUUAGACUCCUUACCGACGACGGAUUACUGGGCGUCAGCUCCGAGGCCAAAGGUCUUAUGAACGUCGUCCGCGCCCUGGACACGCGUGCUAAAGUCGUCCCCUUUCUCCCGAGCCAUUUUCAAGUCUUUGAAUUGAAGACGGACGGCAAAGUGAAAUCCGUUCAAUUUGAGCCCUUCCACCAAUGCACCGACGCGCCCGCUCACGCCGUCUACGACACCGCGGGGAGACUGCCGACGAGCUUUGACGAAAACGUCGUGAAGGGGAACAUCAGGACGCUGUUUGAGAAUGCCGUUCGGAAACGUCUCAUGGCCAACAGGAGGAUCGGUUGUCUUCUCUCAGGGGGUCUGGAUUCAAGUUUGGUUGCCGCCACAUUGGUGAAACUGGCUAAAGAAGCAGGGCUAAAAUAUCCUAUCCAAACAUUUGCCAUUGGGACAGAAGACAGCCCUGACAUUUUAGCCGCUCGUAAGGUGGCCACUUACAUCGGCAGCGAACACCACGAGGUCAAGUUCACUGCGGAAGAAGGCAUUCGGGCCGUGGAAAAAGUCAUCGUGUGCCUGGAGACCUAUGACAUCACCACCAUACGUGCCUCCGUAGGAAUGUACUUGGUUUCCAAAUACAUCCGUGAGAAGACGGAUAGUGUGGUGAUCUUCUCCGGAGAAGGUUCGGAUGAGCUCACGCAGGGCUACAUUUACUUCCACAAGGCCCCGAGCGCCAAAGCGGGAGCGGACGAGAGCGUUCGACUGCUGAAAGAACUCUACCUGUUUGAUAAUCUGCGCGCCGAUCGCACCACUUCUGCAUACGGUUUGGAACUCCGCGUACCCUUCCUGGACCACAGACUGACUGCGUACUACCUGUCCCUGCCCGAGGAGAUGAGAAAUCCCAGGCACGGCAUGGAGAAAUACCUUUUGAGGGACUCGUUCAGAGAUUCCAAAUUGAUCCCCGAUGAAAUCCUCUGGAGGAGGAAGGAAGCCUUUAGCGACGGCGUCAUGUCUCUUAACAAGUCCUGGUACAUCUUCCUGGAGGAGCACAUCGGGUCUCUGGUCACCGACGAUCAGAUGGCCAACGCGCCGGGGACGUUUCCUCACAACGCUCCCUUCACCAAAGAGGCCUACUACUUCCGACAGGUGUUUGAAAAGCACUAUCCCGGGCACGCCGAGUUACUCCCCCAUUUCUGGAUGCCGCGGUGGAUCAAAGCCACCGACCCGUCGGCUCGCUCGCUGUCCAUCUACAAACUUAACAAUUAUAAUUGA